AUGUUUUUACCUUUCAUCCUUAUUGUUUCGUCUAUUACCAUUAACAUAGCGAUAUGUUCGGAUGAACAGACAGACUAUUCUGAUACGGUUGAUCCAAAAAAGCCUUGCUGGUGCCCUGACGUAGACGACCCGAAAAUACCUUGCUCAUGUACAAAUCCUAAGAGAGACUAUGCUGAAAUGGAUUGCGAAUGUAGAAACAGACAGGAGGCUUGUGUAUGCCCUAAUGAUUUAACUGUGUUAAUGAAACGUAUAAGAAAUUAUAGUGAUCUGCAAAAUAAGCCCAUGAAAACAUCGAUGCAUAAAAAAUCUAAUACAAAGAUGUUCCUUCAAAAGGUUUCGCAGAGAGUCAAGAAUGACGCAAGACCAACACCAAUUUUGUACUUGUUAAAAGUGGAAGAA